CUGAAGUUUGUCCCCGUCAGCCAGCCGUACGUGCAUGAAACUGACGGGGGAAACAACGAAACCCUGUCCCAAUGUGAGAAGCGUUUGCUUACCUUGGAGAUUCAGACAGCCUGCUAUCAAAUUCAGGAAUCAUGGCCGAUUGCACUACAUUAGAGUCUCUACUGGAGAUGGGGUUUGGCAGAAACAGAGCAGAUAAGGCUGUGGCACACACGGGGAACCAGGGCAUAGAAAGAGCAAUGGACUGGUUAAUGGAGCACGAAAACGACCCAGACAUCGAUGAGCCAUACGUACCACCGGCAGGGAAUGUUGUAGGCCCAGUGACUGAUCAGCAGAGCGUGGAUCAGCCUAGCAUUGAUCAGCCUAGCAUGGAUCAGACAGCAUCAGACUCUUCAGAAUUAGCUACGCAGGAAGCUAUUGACGCAUUGAUGCAAGAAGAUGACAAACGAUCUAUGACAGAGGAGGAGAGGAAAGAGCAGGUGAAAAGACUGGAAGACCUGAUGAGGGUGAAGCAGGAGGAGAGACGAGAGAGGGAACGGAAGGAGGAGCUGGAGCGAGAGAAGCAACGCAGGAAGACAGGCCAGGAGCUUUUGCAAAUUAAACAGAGGCUCCAGGAUGACGAAAUGAAGAAGCUGGCUGACCACCGGAAAAAGGAGAAGAUGGAGGAUCGGGCAGCCAAGCAGCGGGUCCGAGACAAGAUCGCUCGUGAUCGAGAGGAGAGAGCUCAGAAGUUUGGUGGUGGCUCCUCAGGGACCGCCCUCGCUUCUCCCCCCCCUGAGGCAACCUCUCCACCUCCAGCAGACAACCAGGGCCCCCCUCCAGCUAAGAAGGACUACGAUGAGUGUAGGAUACAGGUGCGCCUGCUGGAUGGCUCUGCGCUCACAGCCACGUUUAAGGCCAAGGAGCCACUAGCAUCCGUGCGGGUCUACGUGCAAUUGAAUGGAGGCAGCGAGCAAGACUUCACACUGCUGUCACCCUACCCUCGCCGUGUCUACACCGAGAUGGACAUGGAGAAGCCGCUCCAGGAGCUAGGUUUGGUGCCUUCUGCCGUCCUUGUUGUUGCCAAGAAGUAAAAGGGUUCCAGAGAAACAACUAACUACACAGCUCUUCCAGACUUCUGUCAUACCAGUGAAACGAAGAGCACAUCCGACGCAACAAUGGACCUUACUUCUCCACUUUCUCCUUUCCUAUUUAAAAAUCAUUCAAUUCAGUCGAUCAAAACAGAGCUGGUACCUUUUUAAAGCAUUUCUGAUCAGGUACAGUUAAGAUGUGUCCCAAUUGUAAAGUCAAUAAACAUACUGCAUCCCCCCCCAAAAAAUAAUGGAUGUGGCUAUGGGCUAUCUUUCAGGAGCUACCAGGAGUAACGAAUCUUAUGUUUUAGCUGCUUAUUCCCCAACACUAUGCCGUUUGAAAUAAAUCUACAAUAUUUUCCUGGGA